UAGAACGGAGGACGAACUAAUCAUGAUCGAUAACUCUGGUUUAGGGGCCACAACCGUUAAGUUAAGACCUAAUGCCUUUCUCCAAGUGACUGUGGGACUCACACGACUGAGAAACGAUGAACCCCAGACAAAAAUAACACUGCCACUGCAAUAAGCUGGCAGUGAAAGGGGAGGCAAACGUUUAAAGCUGUUAAAAAAACGUCGAAGAGAGAGGCCGGUGAUCGGUGAUGUAAUUUCAAAAUGGCAAGUGAGAGUUUUAGACUGUCCCGCGAUAGAAGAGAAAUGUUACUCUUGGUGCGAGAUAGUAUUCAACCUUUCUAGCCUUAGAUCCUAAUAGAGUUCGUAUUGUAGCUCUAAGAUCAUCUCCACUGUGGAACUUAUAUUAUUUUUUUAAAGAAAUCUAGACAUUGUUUAAUCAUGUUUUGAAAAUAAAUAGAACUACAUAACACACGAACACAGUAAGACACUCAAUUCAUUUCUUUAGUUUAAUUUAGAUCAUUUAACCAUUCUGAUAAAGUUAUGUAUAUAUCAGCUGCAUCCAUUGUCUUGGAUUAUUGAGUUUUGGAGAACAUUUGAUUAACAAGAAAUCGACCAAUAGAAGACGAGAAAAACGUUCAUCAAGACAAGGAAAUACGAAUUUUUCUUUUCCUUAUUCAAGGGAGGAAACUCACAAAAAGUUGUGGACAUUUUAAUGGAUUUUAUAAUUCUAAAUUCAUUUAUCCAUGCUGGAAUUUGUGUUUCUCAAACAUAAUCCGAAAUCAACUUUUGGUUUCGUCUGGAGUAUCAUUCAUAUCUUUAAACAACCGAGAAUCUUACGAGACUUGAUUUGUAUCCACUGACGUUUGUGUUUUGACAGUAUGAACCUAUACUAUGUUAUGGUGUUAUAUCAACUAGUCUAGCGGAAUAUGAAACUAGACUUACAUAGACGGGCUAUUCUAACGACGACAUAUCUCACAUAUUUCUUCAAUAACUUAAAUAAACUGGUCAACUAGAACAAUAUAUAUAACUUCAUAGUGUCCAGUGUAAGUAUGUGUAUGUUUACACACAACAAAAACUAGUUUGAUCUUCAACUCAACCCAGACUAUUGUUGCCAUUUCUUUUUAGUUCCUGUCUAGAUGCUAUCAGCAGGGGCAAUAACUGCUAACAGCGAAGGGAAGGAGAAGUGUAUGUGUUUACAUGUAAUACAACUGACUAAUGAACUUCGACCUAUAAAGUGAAGAGAUCAUCUCUUAUGAGCAUUCCAUCCAACGCUUUCUGUCCGAACCGGUCAUAAUAUUUACAUACAUCAAGGACAUAUAUAAUAACAAAUAUAUACAUACAGCAAGGAUAUAGACCAGUAAAUAUUUACAUACAGCAUGGACGUACAUAAGUAAAUAUUUACAUAUGAAUGGAUAUAAAUUUGUAAAUAUUUACAUUAAGCAAGGAUAUAAAUCAGUAGAUAUUUACAUGUAGCAACGGUAUAAAGCAGUGAUUAUUUACAUAUAGCAAGGAUAUUGACCACUUAAUAUUUACAUAUAGCUAGGAUAUAGGCCAGUUGAUAGCCCCUAUUUACAAAUAUAUAGGGUAUAGUCCGAUAAAUAUUUCCAUAGAGCUAGGACUGGAAGAUAUAGACUACUAGAUCCAUUCACAGCAAUGUUAUUCUAAUUUACCCGGCGUUCAUUAGCAUUUCCGUAACGGAUGUUAUCGACCCAUUCUAGCAGACGUUAGCUUCAACUGUAUAACAUCCGAUCAGAGAGGAAAUUUCAUUCAACAAAAGAUGAGCCUUGAACGCAUGUGUUUUGAACGCUUAGGUAAACAUCUUCCUAAUUAGAAACACGUUAUUAGAAGUACAGACAAAAUUGUGUCUCAAGAUUUAUUUAUAGCACUAACUAAACAUACAUUUCUUUCUCUGUAUUGUCUUACAAAUUAUUUUUUUUUUAAACUUUCUAAUAAACUUGAAAAUUAGCUAACAUUUCGACAUUAUUAAAUUUUGAAUAAUGUUUGGUCCUUCGGGAAUUGUUUUUAAAGUUAUUGAUCAUGCACUAGUGUUUGAAAUUAUUGGAAGCAUUUAAAACGUUUAUGUGCUAUUUCGGUAUAUUGCACCGCAUUUGAACUCGGCGGAGAAUAUGUUUUAAAAAUAUGUUUAAUUUCAUUUCUUGGUUAUGAGGUUCCUGCAUAUUUUUGACAAAAAUUAGAACGUGCUAAAAAAAAAAAAAGAUUGACGCUGAUUGCAAGUUAUUUAUCAUUCCUGAAGCUCUGGAAUACUUGUGAAGGUAUUUGCUAGUGGCCCUGGUUCGUAUUCUGUUGGAUUAAUUCUGCUAAGGUUUAAUUGAUCUUGGCACCGAGAAGGCAAUGGGAGUUAACAUCAGUGCACACGACAUGGAGCAGGCAGCGAGACGGAGGUCCAAGACAAUAGAUGACGGCCUGGAAGCAGAGAGACUUAGGCAGGCCAGAACAGUCAAAGUGCUGAUGUUAGGACUGAGCGGUGCGGGUAAAAGUACAUUGGCCAAACAAGUCAGGAUGAUCCACGAGAAAGGUUUCGCGGACAAGGAGAAGGCACUGUACAGAGAAAUCGUUCGACAGAACAUAGUCACCGCCAUUUUGGGAGUCUUGCACGAGAUGGAGAUUCAUGGUAUACAGUUUCCGACGGAAGAACUAAAGCAAACUGCUCACAGCAUCAAAGACAGACUCAAGUCGUCCGACUCGCACAAGGCGGUAGUGGAUAUGCGUCAUUCCCUGGCUGUGCUGACCUCACAGAAGACCCUGAAAGACUUCAUGGACACGUACCUGGACGUGGAGAUUUGCCAGUUGAAUCACUAUUUGUUCCGGUCACUGGAAAAGAUCCUGUCCGACAGCUACGCCCCUACAGACUACGACAUAUUGAGAGUCAGGCAGAGGACCACCGGCCUCAAUGAGAUUCUGUUUCAUUUUAAAGGCUUUGAGUUCAAGUUGUGUGACGUAGACGGCCACUGCACCGUGAAAAAGAAAUGGCUGCAGAACUUUGAGAACGUCUCCGCCAUAUUGUUUACGGUGGCGCUGAGCUCCUAUGACGCCAGGAGUAAAGAUCAAGAUGAACAGACCGAGCUCCAUGAUGCUCUCAGUGUAUUCACCACGGUCUCCGAAUAUGACGGUUUCCGGAAGUCUCCAAUCAUUUUGUUCCUGAACAAGAAGGACAUAUUCCAGCAGAAGUUAAAGAAGGUGCCUCUCACAGUGGCGUUUCCAGACUAUAAAGGGACCAACGAGUUUAAUGAAGCCUGCCUUUUUGUCCAGUCGAAAUUCGAGUCGUGUAUGGGCGAUACAACUGACCGCUUGACUGUUCACAUCACAAACGCCACUGACACGCCGAGCAUUAGGUCUGUGUUCGACUCCUCGCUAGCCGUGGUUUUAGACCAGGCUUAAUGCCCUGAGUUAGUGAAUCUAGAGACCUCUACUUGGUGACAAAGUGAAUGAGCCGCAAUCAAGGGACGAAUGCAUGUCUUCAAACUGUGUGCUGGUGUCAGAAGCUGAACACUUGGAAUCUACUGAAAGAAACAAUAAUGUCUGUUUCUAUUGUAUCCACUACCACAC